AUGACAGCGUUGGCACGGGGCACGGCUCCUCUACCUGUGCCUGGCCUGCUCCUCUGUGUCCUCCUCUUCUUACCGCCUUUAGUGGUUUCCCAGAGGCCCCAGCUUCCCUCAACACCUGCCCCCACCUUGGCACCCCAGACAAGGCCUGAGUGCAACCGCCGAGAGCACCCCGUCAUUUCCAUCCAAGCCCUGAGUCCUUGGAUCUCCACAUUUUCCCACCCUGGUGUUAGGGACUACUCCCAGUUGACCCUUGACCUCAUCAGGAAUGAGCUUAUAGUGGGUGCAAGAAACUACCUCUUCCGACUGAGUCUAAGCAACGUAUCCCUUAUACAGGCGACGGAAUGGGGCCCAGACGAAGACACCAGGAGGUCCUGUCAAAGCAAAGGGAAGACGGAGGUGGAGUGCCAAAACUACAUUCGAGUACUGCUCGUCAACAAAACAGAGGUGAUCACCUGUGGUACCAAUGCUUUUCAGCCGCUCUGCAUCAUCAGAGAGGUGGGGAAUAUGAGUAGUGUGUUGGAAAGGGUGAACGGGGUGGCUCGCUGUCCCUAUGACCCCCGCCAUAACUCUACUGCCGUGGUCACAGACAGCGGGGAGUUAUACGCAGCCACGGUUAUCGACUUCUCUGGUCGCGAUCCGGUCAUCUACCGCAGCCUGGGUGGAAUGCCCCCGCUGAGAACCGCCCAGUACAACUCCAAAUGGCUCAACGAACCUCAUUUCAUAUCGGCCUACGACAUAGGCCUCUUCACGUUCUUCUUCCUUCGGGAGAAUGCGGUGGAGCAUGACUGUGGGAAGACAGUGUAUUCCCGAGUGGCGCGUGUUUGUAAGAAUGACAUCGGGGGUCGUUUCUUGCUGGAGGACACCUGGACCACAUUCACUAAAGCGAGGCUCAACUGCUCCCGGUCCGGAGAGAUCCCCUUCUACUACAACGAGCUUCAGAGCACCUUCUACCUGCCCGAGCAAGACCUCAUCUAUGGCAUCUUCACCACCAAUGUAAACAGCAUUGCUGCGUCCGCAGUUUGUGCGUUCAACCUCAGUGCCAUCACACGAGCAUUCAACGGGCCUUUCCGCUCCCAGGAGAACCCUCGCUCCACCUGGCUGCCAACCCCCAACCCCAUUCCAAACUUCCAGUGUGGCACCAUUGAGGAUGACGGGCCCAACGAGGGCCUUACAGAGAGGAGCCUGCAGGAUGCCCAGAGGCUCUUUCUAAUGAACGAUGUGGUCCAGCCUGUCUCGGUGGAUCCACUCGUAUGGCAGGAUGACGUACGCUUCUCCAAACUGGUGGUGGACAUUGUCCAGGGUCAGGACACCUUGCACCACGUCAUGUACAUUGGCACAGAAUAUGGUACUAUUCUGAAGGCGUUGGCAACAACCAAUAAGAGCCUUCAAGGCUGUUACCUGGAGGAGAUGCAGCUGUUUCCUCCUGGUGUACGGGAACCAAUCCUGAGCCUCCAGAUUCUUCACAGUGACCGCACUCUCUUUGUGGGUUUGAACAACAAAGUUCUAAAAAUUCCCCUAGCAAGAUGCUCCAGCUACAAGACCGAACUGAUGUGUCUUGAUGCCAGGGAUCCGUACUGUGGCUGGGAUCGAAAACAGCGGCGUUGCACCACCAUUGAGGACAGCUCGAACAUGAGCCUGUGGAGCCAGAACAUUACGGCAUGCCCGCUGCGAAACCAAACCACGGAUGGGGCAUAUGGACCCUGGGCUGCGUGGCAACCCUGUAGCCAUGAUGACGGUGAAGGCACCAGUGCCUGUCUCUGCCGAUCUAGGGUGUGCGACAGCCCCCCUCCUCGUUGUGGUGGUAGAGACUGUGAAGGUCCGACCAUUGAAGUGUCCAACUGUUCAAGAAAUGGAGGUUGGACACCCUGGUCUUCGUGGGGCCGCUGCAGCACUAGCUGUGAGAUAGGGUUUGAGGUACGGCAGCGGUCAUGCAACAAUCCCUCACCUCGCCACGGUGGCCGCGUGUGCGUGGGACAAGCACGAGAACAGAGGUUCUGUAAUGAGAAGGUUUCCUGCCCACAGCCCAUCUUCUGGUCUUCAUGGUCCCCUUGGUCCAAAUGUAGCACAGAGUGUGGUGGAGGGGUACACUCACGUUCACGGAACUGUGAAAACGGCAACAACUGUCCGGGUUGUGCUCUGGAGUACCAGGCCUGUAAUUUGGAGUCCUGUCCUGAGGUGAGACGAAACACACCUUGGACUCCCUGGGUGCCAAUUAAUGUGACCCAAGGUGGGUCAAGGCAGGAGCAGAGAGUCCGUUACGUCUGCCGGGCCCAGUUGGCAGACCCACACGAGCUUCAGCUCGGCAAGCGCAAGGUGGAGACCCGUUUCUGUCCCAACGACGGCACCAUCGCCUGUGAGACCGACUCUUUGGUGGAUGAACUCCUCAGGAUGCCUGGGGUGCGGCUGACUGGAUCCGGCUGGUCGUCAUGGGACACGUGGUCAGCCUGCACUCAGGACUGUGCCAAAGGCUACCGCACCCGCAAACGCACCUGUACCUCCUCAGAGGGCAAGAGUGCCCCCGCAGCCUGCAGGGGGUCUCCUGUCGAGUACCAGGAGUGUAAACCCCAGCCCUGCCCAGUGAAAGGGGCCUGGUCUUGCUGGUCGUCUUGGUCACCGUGUUCGGUGCCCUGUGGCGGGGGGCACUAUCAACGGACACGCACCUGCAGCAGCCCUGCCCCCGCCAACGGAGGGGAUAUCUGUAUUGGCCUGCAUACAGAGGAGGCUCUGUGUAACACACACACCUGUGAUGGUGGUUGGAUGGCGUGGUCACUGUGGUCAGAUUGUGACGAUACAGGCCUGCAGGUACGCACUCGCGUCUGCGGGACACAAGUCUCCACACCAUGUGUGGGCAACAGCACUCAGCAUCGAGACUGCAAUGAGAUUCCAGCGAUCCUGCCAGCAUCUGGUUAUGACAAAGACCAGCAGUGCGGAGGAUUUACUCUGCUUCACUUGAUAGCCACGGGUGUGUCCUGUUUCCUGGGUGCAGGCCUGCUGUCCUUCCUGGUGUACGUGUACUGCCAACGUUACCGCAAGCCUUCACCAGAAUCAGCAGUUAUCCACCCCACCACUCCCAACCACCUCAACUAUAAAGGCAACACCACACCAAAGAAUGAAAAGUACACGCCCAUGGAGUUCAAGACUUUGAACAAGAACAACCUACUCCCCGAUGAGAGAACCAACUUUUUCCCCUCGCCGCUCCAACAGACAAAUGUCUACACCACCACAUAUUAUCCCACAGCUCUGGGCAAAUAUGACUACAAGCCUGAUUCCUCCCCUUCUCCCUGCAGGACCUAUAACCACAGCUGAGACAUGAUCCCAUCCUCUCAGCUCUAUCGCCAUGGUGAC